UAUAUAUAUAUUACUGUUUGGGUAUUUAGCCUUGAAAGGUGAAAAAAUAAUUAUCAGAACUGUGGAAACCUAUAAAAUGAAAUCAGUUAAAGUAGAUUGCAAAAAAUAAUAGUAAAUAAAUAAAAAUAAGAAGCAAGCUUAUCCAUAUUAUUCCAGAUGGCGUGAAAACAUAUCAUUAUUUAGGUAAUAUCUAAAUGUUAGAUUAUUGAUAUAAUAGUUUAGAAUGCAAUUUAUUGAUACAGAAACAAAUGAAUUUGCCAACUUAAUUACUUUUCAGCUUGAACUAGAUUUUGAAUAGAUUUUAUUAAAAAAAGUUUGAAUAAAUUCUCAUUGUAAUGAAUUUCGAUUAAUUUACUUAACACAAGCUGCCAAGAGUCACCAGAUCCAUACCCGACACUCGAUCCUCCAACGCCAAGCUGUCGUACGUUAUCUCCCUUCCUACCUUUCCGGCUAUGAUGUCCCAGUCGACGCUCAAACUUUUCACCGUCAAGUUUCGUUAUGAUUACGUAGAUCACAUCAAUCAAAUGGCUGACGGUCAAUUCGAUCACGAUCAGCCCUUGCUAUCAGUUGACCCCCUUGUUUGUUUCUUCUACAGCUCCGGCGCUAGUACAAUGAAGCCUAAAUUGAUACCGUAUUAUGAUUCAGCUUUAUCAAGAGCUGCAUCCUAUAUAGCUCACCAGGGCAGUAAGGCAAUCUUUAAGGAAAACAAUUGGGAUAGGAUUGUGUCCAAGUUGUGGCCUAAUGCUCGUUAUGUGAAGUGUGUUUCUACUGGAAGUAUGAAGCAGUACUAUUCCAAGCUCAAGCCGUAUACAGGAGAGGUAAUGAUUUUAGGUGGAGAUUACUUUGCAUCAGAAUGUCCUGUGGGUAUUAACUUUGAUAUCAAGCAACCUCCGGAGACAACUCUUGUUAUGCUUCCAACGGCUGCGUACUUCGAGUUUCUUCCAUUCAUUGAAAGAGGUAGUGUGAUUGGCAAAGAAACUGUGGAUUUUUCAGGUGACGAAAUAGGUAAGGCAUACGAGGUGGUUGUGAUAACUUACAGAGGAUUUUAUCGUUACCGCUUGGGUAAUAUUGUGAGAAUUGUCAGUUUGCGUAAUUCAUCUCCGGAAGUGGAGUUUCUGAUGAGAACUCCUAGAACUGCUGUAACAGAGAAAAACUUGAUGUCCGCAAAGGAAAGUUUUCAGAUUGUGAUAACAAAUACUGUGGAAGCGGCAGAGAUUGACGAGUAUGCAAGUUUUCUGGACUUGGAAUUGAGUCCAAAGCAAUUGAAAAUAUUCUUAGAAGUUAAAGAGGGGUGUGUGCUUGUGCAGGACGAGAAACUUAAACUUAAAGAAUCAGUUAAAGCUGUAAAGAAUUGUAGUUCCUCUCUUGAGAAUGGGUUGGGAGGUCUAUACAAGGUGCAGAGGGAUCGAGGUGAAAUAGGUCCUCUGUUAAUAACUAUGGUAAAACCUGGUAGCUUUGACAGGAUAUUACAAAUGGCUGUGGAGAAUGGAGUACCAGCUAGUCAAUAUAAACCCCCGAAGAUCAUCCGAAAUAGCAAAAUCGUUGGUAUUUUGGAAGCAGCUGAUCUUGUGACUAUAUGUUCGGACUCGUUGAAUGGAGGAGAUCUCUGAAUAGGCCUUCCGAAAAUUGGGAUGGGAGUUUUUGGAGGCUUACAGGCAGGCUUCUCUGGGUGAUGGGACGUGCGUGUAUAUUUGAUGUAAUAAACUACUGAGGCUCCGGCAAUAAUGCAUACGUGAUAAGAUAUUUAAUUACGGUAAAAUAUUAAGCGAACUUUAUGAUAUUUUUUUAUUUCAAUGCAGCCGUCUUAUAGACAUACUGGUGAAGAUUGUACAAUUUUGUCAGAAAACUGUAUUUCUGAGAUUAUGACAUAAUUGCAAA